ACAGCUGUACAACACCCGCCCUCUUCACUCACGCACUCGAGGCAUGCAUUCCGCUCUGUGACGCAGCGACACUGCUUGCAGACAGCGAGUCUUCCGCCGCGCACCGCCCCACCCGCCGGCAGAGGCACCACUUUGACCGCCAGACACUGAAAGGGAGACCUGGACCCUGAGAAGCCCGCUAUCACCGCGGCCACCCCCUCGACGAGACGCACUCCGAGGACACAUCAUGGCGCACAUUUUCGAUGUUGGGACUCGCGCGUGGCAGCCAGAUACGGCCGAGGGCUGGAUUGCCUCCGAGGUCACCGACAAGCAGGUAGCCGGCGACCAGGUCACGCUGGUCUUUACGCUGGAGAAUGGCGAGACCAAGACGGUCGUGACGACGCUCGCCGCCAUCCAGGAUGGCAACGACCCGAACCUACCGCCGCUGAUGAACCCGGCCAUGCUCGAGGCCAGCGAUGAUCUUACGAACCUCUCACAUCUUAAUGAGCCGGCCGUGCUACAGGCCAUCAGACUGCGAUAUGCGCAGAAGGAGAUCUACACAUAUUCCGGUAUCGUGCUGAUAGCAGCGAACCCGUUCGCCAGGGUCGACUCUCUAUAUGUACCUGGAAUGGUGCAGGUCUAUGCCGGGAAGCAGAGAUCCUACGGCGCGCCGCAUCUGUUCGCCAUUGCUGAAGAAGCCUUUGCAGACAUGUUGCGGGACGACAAGAACCAGACCAUUGUCGUUUCUGGUGAAUCCGGAGCAGGUAAAACUGUCAGCGCCAAAUACAUCAUGCGAUAUUUUGCGACCCGAGAGUCGCCCGACAACCCCGGCAAGCGGAGAGGCAAAGCAGACUCCAUGAGCGAGACAGAAGAGCAGAUCCUGGCAACCAAUCCCAUCAUGGAAGCCUUUGGUAACGCGAAAACCACCCGAAACGACAACUCCUCCCGCUUCGGUAAAUAUAUCGAGAUCAUGUUCAACAAGGAGACAGAUAUCACAGGUGCAAAGAUACGGACAUACUUGCUGGAACGGUCACGAUUGGUCUUCCAGCCGCUGAAGGAGCGGAACUACCACAUCUUCUACCAAUUGAUCAAGGGAGCGACAGAGGCCGAAACUCAGGAGCUUUCUCUGAAGACUGUAGAAGAAUUUAGCUAUCUCAACCAAGGUAGCUCUCCCACCAUCGAUGGUGUGGAUGACAAAGCAGAAUUCGAUGCGACGCGGAAAUCGCUGACCACGAUUGGUGUUCCACCAGAGACACAAUCCCAGCUCUGGCGGUUGCUUGCUGCUCUUUUGCACAUUGGAGACAUUCAAAUUACAGCCACCCGUACCGACUCUGCACUGGACCCUGCCGAGCCUUCCCUGGUGAAGGCCUGUGACCUACUCGGUAUCAACGCGGCCAAUUUCGCCAAAUGGACGGUCAAGAAGCAGCUGAUCACGCGAGGCGAAAAGAUUGUAUCAAAUCUCACCAAGCAGGCCGCUGUAGUUGUUCGGGAUUCCGUGGCCAAGUUCAUCUAUUCGAGUUUGUUCGACUGGCUCGUUGAGCGUACCAAUGAGAGUCUCGCCACAGAAGAAGUCAUUGCAAAUGCCAAGACGUUCAUUGGUGUGCUUGACAUCUAUGGAUUCGAACACUUUGCGAAAAAUUCUUUCGAACAAUUCUGUAUCAACUACGCAAACGAGAAGCUGCAGCAAGAGUUCAACCAGCACGUCUUCAAGCUAGAGCAAGAGGAAUAUCUCCGGGAAGAGAUCGACUGGACAUUCAUUGACUUUGCGGACAACCAAAAAUGUAUCGAUUUGAUCGAAGGCAAGCUCGGGGUGCUAGCUUUGCUGGAUGAAGAAUCGCGUCUCCCCAUGGGAUCAGACGACCAAUUCGUCACAAAGCUGCACCAUAACUUCUUUGGCGAUAACAAGCAUGAAUUCUACCAAAAGCCCCGUUUCGGAAAGUCAGCAUUUACCGUCAAGCACUAUGCUGUCCCAGUUACUUAUGAGUCUGAGGGUUUCAUUGAGAAGAACCGAGACACCGUGCCAGACGAGCAUAUGGAAGUCCUCAAGGCCUCUAGCAACAGGUUCUUGAUACAGGUUCUGGACACCGCAGCAGCAAUCCGCGACAAGGAAAACGCAGCCACCGCCUCAGCGAAAUCCGCCGCUCCGGGCAGAAGGGUCGCUUCGACCCGAAAGCCGACUCUCGGUGGUAUCUUCAAGUCAUCCCUUAUCGAGCUCAUGAACACCAUCAACUCUACAGAUGUCCACUACAUUCGAUGUAUCAAGCCCAACGAAGCCAAGGAGGCGUGGAAGUUUGAAGGCCCUAUGGUCCUCAACCAGCUUCGAGCUUGUGGUGUUCUCGAGACGGUCCGCAUCUCUUGCGCCGGUUACCCGACGCGAUGGACCUACGAGGAAUUCGCCAUGCGCUACUACAUGCUGACGCCGUCAUCGUCUUGGACACCGGAAAUUCGCAACAUGGCCAAGGCUAUCCUCCAUAAGGCUCUAGGUGAUGGCAAGAAUGAUGGCACCGACAAGUACCAGAUGGGUCUUACCAAGAUCUUCUUCCGGGCUGGUAUGCUUGCGUUCCUUGAGAACUUGCGCUCGGCACGAUUGAACGAUGCUGCUAUCAUGAUUCAAAAGAAUCUCCGAGCCAAGUACUACCGCCGUGUAUAUCUGGAGAUGCGCGAAGCUAUCAUCGCUGUUCAAUCUCUGGCUCGUGGAUACAUCACCCGAGAACGUGCAGAAGAGGCCAGGCAGGUCAAGGCCGCAACGACCAUUCAGCGUGUGUGGCGCGGUACUAAGGACAGGAAACGAUUCCACGUGGUUAGAAACUCGGUCAUAUUGUUCCAAGCUGCCGCGAAAGGUUAUCUUUGCCGGAAGAAUAUUCUCGACAAACGACUUGGAGAUGCCGCACGUAUCAUUCAGCGUUCCUGGAGGUCUCAGCGGCAACUUCGUGCUUGGAGACAAUACAGGAAGAAGAUUGUCCUCAUCCAGGGUUUGUGGAGAGGAAAGAAGGCUCGCAGGGAGUACAAGACCCUCCGUGCCGAGGCUCGCGAUCUCAAGAACAUUUCCUACAAGCUGGAGAACAAGGUCGUCGAACUCACACAGAAUCUGGGUUCGAUGCGGCAAGAAAACAAGUCCCUCAAGCAGCAGGUCGAGAACUACGAAGGCCAGAUCAAGUCGUACAAGGAACGAAGCCGUGCUUUGGAGAACCGACAAAAGGAGCUCCAGGCAGAGGCCAAUCAAGCUGGUAUCACCGCUGCCAAGUUGAGUGCGAUAGAGGAAGAGUUUAAGAAGCUCCAGACCAAUUAUGACGAGAGCAACUCGAAGAUCCGCCACCUGCAGGAGGAGGAGAAGCAGCUGCGCACGUCCCUCAAGCAGACCUCAGACGAUCUCGAGUCAGCUAAGCGGAGAAGCAACAUUACGGAAACCGAAAAGCUAUCUUUGCGCCAACAGCUCACCGAGCUGCAAGAGCAAGUCGAGGUUAUGAAGCGAUCCGGACCGAUCAACGUUGGACAUCUCGAAAACGGACACACCCCAAUGGCGGCGAGCCUCAUCAACCUCGUUUCAUCGAAGAAGCCUAAGAGGCGAAGUGCUGGACCCGACACACGCGACUUGGACCGCUUCAGCCAGACCUACAACCCGCGCCCUGUCUCCAUGGCUGUCGGCUCUACUGUCCACCGCCCCAACCUUUCUGGCUCAACAUUUAACAACAACUUGGACAAUGUCGAGCUUGAGCUGGAGAACAUUCUUGGUGACGAAGACAACCUUAACGAUGAAGUCACCCUCGGCUUGAUCAAGAAUCUCAAGAUCCCGUCACCUACGACAACUCCUCCUCCCACGGACAAAGAGGUGCUCUUCCCCGCUUACCUCAUCAACCUCGUCACUUCCGAGAUGUGGAACAACGGCUUCGUUAAGGAAUCUGAACGUUUCCUUGCGAACGUUAUGCAGUCGAUCCAGCAGGAGGUUAUGCAGCACGAUGGCGAUGAGGCUGUCAAUCCCGGUGCUUUCUGGUUGUCCAACGUCCAUGAGAUGCUUUCAUUCGUCUUCCUCGCCGAAGACUGGUACGAGCAGCAGAAGACGGACAACUACGAGUAUGACCGUUUGUUAGAGAUCGUUAAGCACGAUUUGGAGAGCCUUGAGUUCAACAUCUACCACACCUGGAUGAAGGUCCUCAAGAAGAAGCUUCACAAGAUGAUCAUCCCUGCUAUCAUCGAAUCACAAUCCUUGCCCGGUUUCGUUACGAACGAGAGCAACCGCUUCCUCGGCAAGCUUCUUCAGAGCAACAACUCUCCUGCUUACAGCAUGGAUAAUCUGCUCAGCCUGCUGAACAACGUCUACAAGGCCAUGAAGGCGUACUACCUCGAAGACUCAAUCAUCACCCGGACGUUCAGCGAGCUCCUUAGACUCGUCGGUGUUACUGCCUUCAACGACUUGCUCAUGAGGCGCAACUUCCUCUCCUGGAAGCGUGGUCUUCAGAUCAACUACAACAUCACUCGUAUUGAGGAAUGGUGCAAGUCCCACGACAUGCCAGAAGGUACCCUCCAGCUGGAGCACUUGAUGCAGGCCACCAAGUUGCUGCAAUUGAAGAAGGCUACCUUGAACGACAUCGAGAUCAUUCAGGACAUUUGCUGGAUGUUGUCGCCCAACCAGAUCCAGAAGUUGCUCAACCAGUACCUUGUCGCAGACUACGAACAGCCGAUCAACGGCGAGAUCAUGAAGGCUGUCGCUUCCCGGGUGACUGAGAAGAGCGACGUCCUGCUGUUGACGGCAGUGGACAUGGAGGACUCCGGUCCCUAUGAGAUUGCUGAGCCCAGGGUCAUCACAGCUUUGGAGACCUACACCCCUUCUUGGCUGCAAACCCCUCGCCUGAAGCGCCUCGCCGAGAUAGUAUCUCAGCAGGCCAUCGCGCAGCAAGAGAAGAUGGAGUUUGAGCACGUCAACGGCGAUAUCAUCAACGGGCAGCCCAUGAUCGAGGAGGAAGUAGCUGCAUAGACUGGCUGGCUUGCUUGCAUUUGAGCUGUGAUUUUCCGGCGCUUUCCAAUCCUCUAGACAUCCAUCACGCGACGACGAAUACCUAUCUAUAGUUGUAUGGCGGUCUGCUUGACUGCGGUUUGACAUGGUUUCACGGGGCUGGGCACGGGGCGUCGAGCUGAGCUGAGCUGGACCGUUCCGAACAUGUUGGGUAUGUAAUGUGGAAUUUGUUUGAUCAGACAUUCUUGGGGCGAGAGGGUCAUGAUGUGAGACAGGUAUCUGGGAGGGGUGGGGGAAGCGGCUUUGCGCCGAUGGCUGGCAUCGCGGGUGCCGGGUUUUUUGUGCAUAUGUUUUGGUGUGAGUAGCG